AUGGUGCGACCCAGGCGGUCAUCUGCUGCGAGUGAUGAGAGCGCCAGUACUACCAGAGAUCAGGAACUAGGUAGUAUGUACGAUUAUUUGGCUAAGAUUAUACUCUUAGGACCAAGUGGAAGCGGCAAAUCAUGUCUAUUACAUCGCUUUGUCAAAAACGAAUGGAGGAUUUUGACCUCCCAGACCAUCGGCGUAGAAUUCGCAAGCAAGAUUAUAAGAGUGGGCAGUGGCAGCCGACGGAAGCGCAUUAAGCUCCAGCUAUGGGAUACAGCAGGCACUGAACGAUUCCGCUCCGUAUCACGCUCCUACUAUCGUGGCGCCGCAGGCGCAGUCCUAUGUUACGAUAUUACAAACCAUAAUUCCUUUACUGGACUCCCUACUUUCCUCAAUGAUGCGCGAGCGCUGGCCUCCCCAAAUCUUACACUACUACUUGUGGGCAACAAGACGGAUCUCGCAGAAUCGAAUGCGGAUUUAAUAGAUACAUCUGUUCCACCCGCCACACCAUCUAGUAUUAGCAGCAAGAACUCCUCAUUCCCAUUUUCAGCCGGGGAAUCUGUGAAUUCGAAUUCGGGGUACACAGGAAUAGGGUCACAGUUGAAAGCAAGUGUAGCGCCCGACGGACGAGAUGUUAGUGCAGAAGAAGCAUCGAGAUGGGCCAGUUCUGCAAAUAUACCAGUUUCAGUGGAGGUAUCUGCGUUAUCUGGAGAGAAUGUCGAGGAGGUUUUUAAUCGAUUGGCGAGGAUGAUAUUAACAAAGAUAGAGUUGGGGGAGAUUGAUCCGGAUGAUCCGAUGAGUGGGAUACAGUAUGGGGAUGGAGGGAGAUGGGAUACGAACGCUAGUGAUGGGGCGAGUGUGAAGAGUGGAAUGACGAUUGAGGAUGGGAGUGCGAGGAGGAGGAGAAAGGGGAAGAGGGGGCAGAAUUGGGGACUUGGCGGGAUGAGGGAGUGGGAGGAGGUUUUCACGUUGACGGGGCAGAGGAGGAGAAAGGGUGGUUGUUGUUGA